AUGGUUCUGAUGCUUUGCUGCAGCUUCGAUCCCUUCUACGUUGGACCCUGCCCACCCGGCUGCCUGGCUCCCUUGAUGGGAGGAACUCCCUAUUGCGGAUGUGGUCCCUGUGGAGGUUGCUGUAGUCCUUGCUGUGGUCCUUGUGGUCCUUGUGGUGGAUGCAGCUCGUGUCCUUGCGGUUGGUGAAGCGCCCACUGAAGAUUAUGGACUUCAACCGCUAUCAUAGGCAUUGAUACGGCAGCAAGCGGUAACAAGCCAAUUUAAAGAUCAAGCUUCUGAAAAACUGCUGGAGGAAUAUGUUGCUGUUCGAAUUCCAUUUUGCCUUGGCCGGGGCUAAACCAACUAAGCUCCUCUCGUUUACAUAAAGAAUUUUUAUUAAGAGCUGUUCAAUAAUAAAAUGAAUUAAAGUACAAA